UGUUUUUGACUUUUAUUUAUUGAAUGGUUUUCAUUAUUAGUCAUGUCUUUGAAUAGAUUAUUAAAUAAUUGUAUUGUUUUGUUGCUUUCAAUCCAUUGAUUGCAUUAAUUGAUGUUAUUUUUUGCCAUAAAUUGAUUUGAAUUAUUAGUAAAUUUAUUAUAAAUAUGACGAUAACUAAAGGUUUGUUGUGUCGCAUGGCUUUCAUUAGCUGAUCCAAUGAUGACAUGAUUUUUGAUCAAUCAUUGAUUUAUGUGUUUUACUCAGAUAUUAAUCAAAUUAAACAUCUUCUCGAGAGAAUCGACAAUAAUUUGAAACAAAAGGAUGGAUCCAAUGAAAGUAAUCUUAAAGAGGAUGUCAAGACAUUGCUAACUGCCCUCCAAUGUCCAGUAUUUGCCAGUAUUAUUGCCAUUCAGGAGUCGAUUGAUGAGCUUAAGGAGCAGCUGUUGAGACACCCGUCUAUACUUCCGGUCGACUUCGACAUCUCGCCACUGACGGGUCAGCUCAUGUUGAAUGUUCCGCCCGAACCAAACCACGUAAUCGCUGCCAAUUCAGAUUCAUAUGAGCCGACCUCCGAUCCCGAACACAGCUAUGAGUUUGAUUGUCGACCGGAAUUGGUUGUCCGCCAGACCUCCAACAGUGAUCUGUUGACUCAACCCGAACCCGAUUACGUGAACAUAUCGGCACAGUUGGGACGACUAUCAUAUCCGGCUUAUCCAUCAUCAGUUGCCAGCACUGAUAUUGCCAUUGAUAAGGAUAUUGAUAUGAACCCACAAAUAGAUGUACAAAACAAUAAGGAAACAACUAUUGCUUCCAACAACCAAACUAUUGAAGAGUUGCCUGAAAUGCGAACUUUUGAAGUGGAAUUAGUUAAGGAUCAUCAGGGGUUAGGCAUCACUAUUGCUGGUUAUGUUUACGAUAAAGGUAACAUUGAGGAAAUAUCAGGUAUUUUCAUAAAAAGUAUUGCAACUGGAAGUGUGGCUGAUCUUUGUAGACAAAUAAGCAUAAACGACCAAAUUAUCGAAGUUGACGGCCGAUCACUUUAUGGAUAUACCAAUCAUCAAGCGGUAGAUGUAUUGCGAAGUACAGGCAAAGUAGUAAAACUACGAUUAGCCCGAUAUCUUAGAGGAUCUAAAUACGAACAGUUACAACAAGCAAUAGCUAAUCCUGAUAUACCGGCUCCAUAUUACACACCACCCGGUGCUACAGUUAUUCAUGUUUACGAUCAUUCAACUGAUGCGAUUCAGAACAAUCAAAACGGUAGUGCAGUCAGUAAUGAUAGUAAUAAUAAAAUUGUACAGAAAUCUGAUGAAGAAUUAAUAAACAAAUGGCAAACAAUUAUCGGUUCUAACUUUGAUAUUGUUAUUGCAAACAUCUUAAGAGAAGGUCCCGGAUUAGGUAUCUCUUUAGAAGGAACAGUAGAUGUGGAGAAUGGCAAUGAAGUUCGGCCUCACCAUUAUAUUCGAUCAAUUUUACCGGACGGACCCGUCGGUGUUAAUGGUAUUCUUAAAAGUGGUGACGAACUUUUAGAGGUAAAUGGGAUUAGACUCCAUGGAUUAAGUCAUUCAGAUGUGGUGCCAUUACUUAAAGAUUUGCCAAAAGAGGUACAAAUAGUAUGUGCCCGACCUUUUGAUAAUGACUACGCAAAUCGUGAUGUUUUAGUCAAUUAUGAUGCCAUCAUUAGUGACAAUCAAUUAUCAAAUUCAAGAUUAGCAUUAGAAAGCCAGUCACUUAACGAUAGCCUCAUAUCGAUUGUGCCCUCAUAUGAAAGACUAGUCAAAGCAAAAUCUGAUGGUUCGCUUGCCAUCUCUGCACCACCCGUUUCAGUCGCUUCCGAUUUGACUAAAAUGAAGUCUCGCUCAUUGGAACCAUUAACAGGACUAGCAAUGUGGUCAUCUGAAGUGGAAUUAAUUGAACUAAUUAAAGGCGAUAAAGGAUUGGGAUUUAGUAUUUUAGACUAUCAGGAUCCAAUGAAUCCAACAGAAACUGUUAUUGUCAUUAGAUCUCUUGUUCCGGGAGGUAUUGCUCAACAGGACGGUCGGUUGAUUCCUGGAGAUAGACUGUUGUUUGUUAACGACACCAUUACAAAUGAUUUGGAUGUAGCCGUGCGCACACUGAAGACGGCACCAAAAGGCAAAGUGGUGAUUGGUGUGGCCAAACCAUUACCAUUACCAGAAAGCACUGGUACCACAAUUCACAGCAUUCAAUCGCCAACCAAUAGUCAGCGAUAUUCAAUUGACGACAUCAAGAGUCCAAUACCAUCACCAACUGAUGAUACAAUUGAGAGCAACAAUUUGAUUGAUAUAUCAACCAAUAAGUCGAUGAAUUACACGCAACCAUCAGUUAAUUUGAAUGCAGAGGUGGACUCACAGUUAUUGAAAAGUCAAGUCUCACGUCAAGAGUCAAUCAAUUCAAUGAAUUCGGUUGAAUCUCAAGUGUCUUCGAGUGCCGUAUCAUUAGCUGAUCACUUAAUGUCAGACAUUCCUAUAGAUAGCUAUCAUACGACUAAAGAUUCUGUGUCUCCGACAUCGAGUGCCAGUAAUUUAGUGUUCAGUGAAUCUCGUAGUUCAACACCUCUUGACUAUUGUUCGUCGCGAUCUCGAUCUCCCAGUCCUUCAUAUCAUAAUGCAGUGGCCAUACCAUUGCCGACAGCACUUGAAAGGACUAUAAAAAUUAACAAAGGAAGCGAUCCUUUGGGUUUGACUCUCGAGUUAGCCGACAGAGGCAUUAAUGGUAUGAUUGUUAAGAAUGCCUCAAAAACAGGUGCCAUAUAUCGUAACGGAAACAUCACAAGAGGAGACUAUCUCUUAUCAAUUAAUAACGAAAGUCUUCGUAAUAUAACUAACUCUAAAGCUCGAGCUAUCCUUAGACGCGCACAACUUAUAGGCAAUGAAAUCACUUUUAAAUAUAUUCCGGCCGAAGACGCAGAAGUACACAAACAGUCGGCCCUAUUAUCUAUGCAACACCAGAGCCACAGUCCGACACCUCCUCUCGACAGAACCUCACCCUCUUUAUUGCCUUUACUUCGACGCACACCAUCUCCCAGUUCACCAUAUUUUGCACCAAAACUUAGUGAUAGCGACAGUGAAGUUGAGAUUUCAUGUGGCGCUCAAUCCUCUCAGCCUUCCGUGCCCUCAACCCCCACCCAAAGUCAACAAAUACUUGAAUUUACAAAUAUUUUGUACAAUCAGUCAGCGAUUCCGACUUCAUUUAAGCCAUUAUUAAUGUCUUCAGACGAUUCAUUUGAUGCACAGAAAAUCACUUCAGACUCGACUUCCAAUGAGUUGGCAGUGAAGACACAAACUAUAAGUUCAAAUGAUAGUCAUAUUAACGUACAAUUAUUUCAAUCAACUGCACAAUCAUCUCAUAGAGAAUCACCUAUAGUAUCGCCGCGAAAGACAAAAGUGCCUCAAAAGAGCCCACAACAACAUAUAGCGGACCAAAUGAGUACAGAUUCAGACAAACGAUGCAUUUCUCCAGAAGCGGGAUCCACAAGUAGUGAUACGACAAACAAUGCCAGUAUUACCUCAACAGUCACCCGACAGUGGGGUGAGGAAAGGGUUGUGUAUUUGAAUCGUGAAGAACAUAAAGGUUUAGGCAUUAGUAUUGUCGGCGGAAAAGUUGAACUCUUUAACAUAUCUCCUGGAAAUGCCAUAUCCGGUAUUUUCAUCAAAAAUGUAUUACCCGACAGUCCCGCUGGACGUGAUGGUACUCUUAAAAGUGGUGAUCGUAUACUUAGUGUUGACGACGUGGAUCUGCGUGAAACCACUCACGACAAGGCAGUAGAAGCCUUCAAAAAUGCUAAAAAUCCCAUUAAGUUUGUCGUACAAAGUCUUUUACCCCACAGCAAAGAUAGCGCUUCCACUGAUAACUUAAUCAACAAAACUGAGACAUCUAUGGCCUCAAGCGCUACAUUGGCUGCCGUCGAGUCAGUUGCUGAAGAACUGGGCUCUGAUGCCAGCGAUGAGUGCUUUAGUUCACCGCAAACCAGUGCUAACAUUGAAGCACAGACUACAAGCAAUACUAACGAUGACAUUAACCAUUCAAAAGUUGUAUUAAAUUUAAAUGAAUUAUCUCAAGAAAUAACUGAAUUACAAAUUGAUUUAAAUGGAAAAGAUAUGACCGGAAAAAUAAAAACAUCGAAUGGAGUUCAGAUCGAUAGGUCGAGUGCUGCAAAUAUAAGACUAACUUCUGAUGAUUUCAAGGAAUCUAAUGAAAAGGAUCUUAAAGAAGACGAGUUUGGAUACUCUUCAAAAAAACUACACAAAAAAUAUGGAGAUCUCACUGGAUAUACAUUUUUAGUAGACCUUCACAAAGGUCUGACCGGACUCGGCAUAAGUUUGGCCGGAAAUAGAGACCGAACCAAAAUGAGUGUCUUUGUCUGUGGUCUGCAUCCAAAAGGAAGUGCUUAUAAAGAUGGAAGACUACAGAUUGGAGAUGAGAUUCUUGAGGUAAAUGGUAUUGUAGUUCAAGGAAGAUGUCACCUCAACGCUUCCGCAAUCAUCAAAAGUCUGAGUGGACCCGUUUAUCGUAUUAUUGCUCUUAGAAGGGAUGGUGCCUUAGAGGAGAUGGCAGUUAAGCCAUUAACACAAUUUCCCGUCCAUUUAGAGGAUGACAUCAUUGAGGAAAAAUACAGCAAAUAUAAAGGCGUCCGAACCAUAACUGUCAGAAAGAGUUCUCAAGGUUUAGGUAUAAUGAUUAUUGAAGGAAAACAUUCAGAGUUAGGCCGCGGAGUAUUUGUCUCUGAUAUUCAAGAGGGCAGUCCCGCUGAGUUGGCCGGACUUACCGUCGGAGAUAUGAUAUUAUGUGUAAAUAUGAUUGAUUUAUUUGGAGCAGAUUACGAAACGGCGGCCUCAACACUGAAAAGUGCAGAAGGAUUGCUUACCAUAGUUGUUGCCAAACCAUCGAAAUCAAGUCUUCAAGAAAUGAUUGUCGAAACUGAUUCCACAGACAAUUUCUAUUUGGAUGAAACCAUUAAUCCCUGUGCACCUGCACCUACACCCCCCAAACCACAAACAGUGCACAAAUCACUGCACGGUCCGGUGCGGACAUCGACUGCAACGAAUGGAUCGCUAUCCCGGGCCAACCAAAAAACUAUUCCAACACAUCCAACACAUCCCAUACCUGUUACACACAAAUCACAUUUAGUUUCUUCUAAUUUGGACACUUAUGGCACAAACACUCAAUCUUUUUUCAUAUCGCAUACAAAAGAAAUGCCAGAUUCACAACAUAGUGAUCUCAAGACAUGUCAGGUUAGGGGCGGACAGGAGACCACUAUUGAGAUCGUUAAAGAAAAACUUGGGUUAGGUCUCAGUAUUGUUGGCGGUUCGGACACACCAUUAAAUGCAGUUAUUAUCCAUGAAGUAUAUCCCGACGGCGCGGCCGCACUCGAUGGCCGAUUAAAACCCGGCGAUCAGAUCUUAGCUGUCAAUAAUGAAGAUCUACGAAAUGCUCAUCACGAACGUGCGAUCGCAGCCCUCAGACAAACGCCUCCUGUAAUUAAAUUAACAGUUUUUAGAGAUAAUAUUGAGACACAAGACGAAGAAAGUGAUAUUAUUGAUGUCGAGUUGUUUAAAAAGUCGGGACGAGGUUUAGGAUUAAGUAUUGUCGGAAAGAAAAGUGGUUCCGGAGUUUUUAUAUCAGAAGUGGUAAAGGGAGGCAUUGCUGAAUCUGAAGCUCGUCCACCACUUAUGGUCGGCGAUCAGAUCUUAGAAGUUAACAGCGAAGACUUGAAAGAUGCCCCGCAAUCACACGCGGCCGCCAUCCUUAAGACAACUUGUGGUAAAAUACAAUUAAAAAUCGGUCGAUUAAAAGCUGGUUCGCGACAGACAAAUGCAGAAACAUUGUCGACAUCAAAGUCUGAUGAAAUGUCAACCGAUGAGCCUUUACAACAAAAGGAAAUAAUAUUAGAGCGAAAAUCAGAGGGAUUGGGAUUUAGUAUAGUCGGUGGUUAUGGCAGUCCUCACGGAGAUCUUCCCAUUUGUGUAAAGAGUGUCUUCGAGAGGGGCGCCGCUGCUAAAGAUGGACGUCUCAAGAGAGGAGACAUCCUUCUAACAGUCGGUAUUCUGACCAACGAAGCCGAAGAUCAAUGGACUACCACUCAAUUGAAUGGACUGACCCAUGAAAACGCUGUCGAAGUAUUAAAAUCUAUUAACGGAACCGUUAAACUCACGGUUUUAACCAAUUGAGUUGAUUUCAGUUGAUUUCAAUUAUUCAUAUUGUUUUCACAGUUAUCAUACAUUUUGGUUAUUUAUUUAAAAAAUAUUAAUAAUAAUAAUAACACUUAAAAA